UCGGGUGCGUUUGGUAUUUCACGACGAUCGUCACCUCGUAUUUGUGCGCUUUUUUCUUCCGCAUACGAGGCAAUCCCGCAAUGACGACAGUGUAAGAAAGUUCCUGUGAGUUUUUUCGUUGUGUGUGCAACAGAGGUGUUAGCAAAAGGUGUUCGUAAGUAAGCACCAACGCGAGAAACAUGUCCAGUGCGCCGCAAAUGUCCAGUGGACUUAGCAAACUUAAAAAGAAACACUUUCGCGUUAAACAUCAAAAGGUUAAGCUGUUUCGUGCGAACGAACCUCUUCUCAGUGUUUUCAUGUGGGGUGUCAAUCACACGAUAAAUGAACUUAGUCAUGUUAAUAUACCGGUAAUGCUCCUGCCAGAUGAUUUCAGAGCUUAUAGCAAGUUGAAAGUGGAUAAUCACCUUUUCAACAAAGAGAAUAUGCCCUCUCACUUUAAGAUCAAAGAGUAUUGUCCGUUAGUAUUCAGAAAUCUACGGGAGAGAUUUGGUAUUGAUGAUUUGGACUAUAAGGAAUCAAUGACAAGAUGUCGGGCAUUUAAUCCUUCGCGAACAGAGAGGCAUUCGGAUUUGACUGGGAAGGCCCGUGAAUUGGUACAGCGCUCUGCUACUGCUCCUUCUAUAACCCUUUCUCCUCCUCUUUUCUCACAAAUUCCAGUCCUAAAUAAGCCACUUCGUUCCUACAGUUUUAAGCCAAAGCGUCUGAGAUCACAACCAGUACUGGAUGAUUCUUCUGGUAAAAGCGGUGCGAAAUUUUACCAAUCAUAUGAUAAAUUGUUCAUUAUUAAAACUCUUACAAGCGAAGAGGUAGAAAGGAUGCAUUCGUUUUUAAAGCACUAUCAUCCGUAUAUUGUGGAAAGGCAUGGAAAAACUUUGUUGCCCCAGUACCUUGGCAUGUAUCGUUUAACGGUAGACGGAGUAGAACAUUAUGUUGUUGCUAUAAGAAAUGUAUUCUCGAAUCACUUAACGACUCAUAAGAAAUUCGAUUUAAAAGGCUCAACGGUAGAUCGCGAGGCGUCCGAUAAAGAAAAAGAAAAAGAUCUGCCAACUUAUAAGGAUAAUGAUUUUGUUAAAGAGGGAAUGAAAAUUUAUAUCGGCGAAGAUGCGAAAGCUAAGCUUAUAGAAACGUUAUCUGCGGAUGUUGAUUUCUUAACGCGAUUACACCUAAUGGAUUAUUCUUUACUACUUGGUUUACAUGAUUGUGCGAGAGCCGAACAAGAAAAUAGAGAACGUGCAGAGAGGGAGGAAGAAGAGGAUAAUCACGAAGAUGAAGAGGAUAGUGAGUCUGGAAGUGGUCUAGAUUCACGAGGUCCAAUGGGAGAUCGUGUAUGGGGUUGGAGUGGUGUUGCUGGUAUGGCAACACCUCCUGAAUCACCACAUGCCCCGUUAAAUCGCGACACGAGUCUUCAAUAUGAAGAUGCAAUAAUUCCUGAGUUAGAUAUUUAUGCAAUUCCUAGUAAAGAAGGCGCACCUAUGAAGGAAAUCUAUUUUUUAGCCAUAAUCGAUGUGCUAACCCAUUACGGUGUCCGUAAGCAAGCUGCUAAGGCAGCUAAAACAGUGAAGUACGGUGCUAAUGUUGAUGGUAUAUCAACCUGUGAUCCAGAACAAUACGGCAAGCGAUUUAUAGAGUUCAUGAGCAAAGCUAUAGAAUAAGCUCGUUGUUCGUUGUUGCUAAGCUUGUAAAUUUUGACCGUUCGUUCGAAAGUCGUAAUGAUACAGUCGCUUAUACUACGUUUAUUGCGUUAAUGGGAAAGAAAGGCUUAGUACAUCGGAUGUUUAUUCUUGCACUUUUGAUGUUUGACCACAAAGAUUUUCACUUGGUCCAUCAAUAAUGCCUUUACUGUCGAAUAUCUCAGUAUUCCUUAUGACAUUUAUAAUGGGAGUUAGAAACAUAACAAAUGAUUGAAUUUCACGGAUUGCCAUUCUGAGGAGACCCUUCAAGAAUUUUUUUCACGGGAAUGUUUGUUAACUUCUAUAACCAAUGACAUAUUUUCUCAGUAUUAGCUUACAACUUUUCUAUAGUCACGAUCGUUGAACACUGUGGUUUUAUUAUUUUUAUUUUUCCAUCACUUUAUUUCUACUUUCGAAACGCAGGCUAUAUUUUACGUACAUUAUGUGUACAGACCAAGAUAUACAAAGGCCUCUAUACAAUUUCAAAAAGAAUUUAUCGUUUGUGCUGAUUGUUUCGUAAAACGAUACUUGACGUUAUAAUCAAGUUAAUAUUUCUUAUACGCAAAUAUUUGUUGUACAUCUAUUAUUUCGGUAUUCUAAACGUUAGCAUAUCGGCAGUGAUAACAAAACUGUCUAUUGUACGUUGUUAUUGGUACACAUAAUGUGCUAUAAAAGCUGUGUUAAUUACCGUCACACCUGACAGUAAAUUACACGUAAUGCUAUUUUACUGGGAAAUAUGAAAAUUAAUGUUGAUGUUACACAUAAUAAUCUCAAAUGGAAAGCGAUUUAAAUGUUUCGCGAAAAAAAGCCUAUUACCUAUUAUAAAGAAUCUCUCCGGUUUCAUAAAGAAGAAUCAUUAUACUUCUGGUCUAGUGUUUGUGGUAUUAUCUGGAAUGUUUAAAUAUUCGAGUUAGAACGUAAUCGCUUUUACGACGAGAACUUUUGUUUCGGUAGGUCUAAAGAGAGGAGAGAAGUAAUAUAUUAUACGCGCAGAAGGUACUACAUGUAUGUAUAAUACAUACAUACAUACGUACUACAUACAUACUACACACAUACAUAUAUAGAUAUAUAUAUAUAUAUAUAAUAAUAAUAAGAGCAUCAAACUUUAAGAAUUAUGGGUAAAUGUUAAAAUCUGUAAAUGUCAUCCCCUCGGUCGUUUCAGUUACCGCGAGUCCGGUGUUUAGAUCAUCGAUUCGCUUAGUUCGUGAAAUAUAUUUACAGGGAACAAAGCGAGUCGUAUGUAUUAUGCAUGAUUCAUGUCUCCUUUUACUCGCGAAAGUGCUCAAAGUUAACCAUGUGUUUCGAUUAUAGAAUUUAAGUAAAUGGGAAUAGCAUAUACAGGGUGUUCGGCAGCCACCCCUGGGAAAAAUUUUAAUGGGAGAUUCCAGGGGCCAAAAUAAGAGGAAAAUCAAGAAUACCAAUUUGUUGAU